AGUGUAAUCGUUAUGAAGUGACGGAAGUUCGUCAUAAGGCAACGAGCCAAAAAGUGCGCAAGCUGGUGACUUCAGUCGUCACCACUGUUUGUCGAUUUUGACAAUAUUUUAUUGGUUUUGAGAUUAUUUUCACAUACUGAACAUUUCAGUAUCUAUAUCGCAUCUGAUUUACAGAUAUAUUGUUCUGAAUGACACAAUAUUAAAGACGAAUAUUGUGUCAGAAAAAAGAAGACAUUUUUGUUUGACGAACGGAGAUUGCGCCAUAUUGGCAACCAAUACAAUUGUUUACUUACUGCGGCUUAACGUCUUAUAUGAAGUGUUUGAGUGAGAAAGGGCCAUUGCGCUGGCAAACAAGCACCAUUUCGUCGAAAAGAAGUAAAAGUUGUGGUUUAUCCACAAAAAUAAAUUAUAUGAAGUACAUAGAUUUUUGUGACUACCAUCUAUUACCAAGAAGUUGCAACAUUUGUACCAGACACAAAGAAGGUGAAAAUCUUAUAGCCCAAACAUGGCCUCAGUCAACAUCAACAGCGAGGUUACAGACCAGUUUUAUAGGUACAAGAUGCCUAAACUCAUAGCAAAGGUUGAGGGAAAAGGCAAUGGCAUCAAAACUGUGAUUGUGAAUAUGUCAGAUGUGGCCAAGGCUUUGCAAAGACCGCCUACUUAUCCAACCAAAUAUUUUGGCUGUGAACUUGGUGCCCAAACCCAGUUUGAUGCAAAGAACGACCGCUACAUCGUCAAUGGAUCCCACGAUGCCAACAAGCUUCAGGGUCUUUUGGAUGCCUUCAUCAAACGCUUCGUUCUUUGUGCAGAAUGCUGCAACCCGGAAACAAUUCUGAGUGUUUCCCAGAAGGCCCAGUCCAUUAAGGCUCGAUGCAUUGCCUGUGGACACAGCGCCAAUUUGGACAUGAGGCACAAACUGACUACAUUCAUCUUGAAGAAUCCACCGGAUGUGGACCCUGCAACCACGACCCCCUCCAAAGUACAAUCUAAGAAAGACAAGAAGGGAGGCAAGAAGGGGAAGAAAGGGGAGGAAGUGAACGGCGACGGAGAGCAUGACCGCACCAGCCCGGAGGUGAACUCCCAGGAGCAGAUGGCUGCACAGAGGGCGUCCGGGGGCGAGAUCAUGGCUCCAGAGGCUGUUUAUGACAGUGAUGAUGACUGGGGGGAGGACGUGAGUGAUGAGGCGGUGAAGAAGAGAAUGCAGGAGCUCACAGAGGCUGCCAAGACCAUGGCCAUGUCUGAGGACCUGGAGAAGACUGCCAAUGAGAGGAUGGACCUUUUCUACACCUACGUCAAGAACAAGAUCAACAACAAGAGCCUGUCUGGGGCUGACCAGGAGGUGUUGAUGGAGGCUGAACGGCUGGAGGUGAAGGACAAGGCUGCCCUGGUGCUGGUCGAACUGCUCAUGGAUGAGAAGAUCCUGGCUCAGAUCAAGCAACACAGGAAACUCCUUCUCAGGUUCUGCCACAACAACCAGAAGGCCCAGAAGUACCUGCUGGGUGGCGUGGAGCAGCUGGUGGGUAAUGUGUACCAUGACACACUCAUACCCAGGGUGCCCCAUAUCUUCAAGGAGCUCUACGACACAGACAUUGUGGAGGAGGAGGUCAUACUGGAGUGGGCAAAGAAGGUGUCCAAGAAGUACGUAUCUAAGGCGAUCUCACAGGAGAUCCAUGACAAGGCUGCUCCAUUCAUCAAGUGGCUGCAGGAGGCUGAGGAGGAGGAGAGCUCUGACGAUGACGAGGUUGAGGUUGCCUUUUCCCCUACCGGAAAGCCGGGUGCCCAGACUGUUGAGAAGAAGUCACCAUCGCCUAGCAACAACAACAAGCCUGUGGUUGCUAGCGCCCCUGCUAAUGAUAAAGAGGAGGACGACGAAGAAGAGAUCGAUAUCGAUGCCAUAUAACUUUUCCCGCGAAUGUUUGCUUUGUCUUUGUAAUUGGACCGGACAAAAAGAGAACAAGAUGUGUUCACUUUGCUCUGUAUUUCUUUGUUCUUAAGUUUCAUAUACUGUUUCUUCUUUAAUUCUUCUCGAUGCAAUUUAUUGAGCUGUUAUGUCAAUCUUUUCAUUUUUGUCAAGAAUUGCCAUUGUCAUAUUGUGUGAUGCAUGUUACAAAAUGUCAAUUAUGUUGGAUACAUUGUACAUCAACAGCAUUCUUGUGUAUUGAAUUUACAAAAACAAGGACUUCUUUUCUUAGUUUGGUUACUAGCGACUAUUUUAGUCUUCAUUUCAUGCUUUAAAGGUCCUAAGCUACGUAAGUGUGAUGCCUUAAGUGCAUCUCUGGAUGCUUUUGCCAUAUUAUUUAUCAAAUCAUUAAUAUACUUCACAGAUUUCUUUGACAUUUACAUCUUUUAACUGCGAGUAUUUGUUUAUUUGGACUGGGUUUGAAUAUAGAGCCUAUGUGUUCUGACUGAUAACACUUUUGUAAAUGCUGUUUUUAAUGUUCACUAAUCAGUUCUGUUCAUCAGUUAAUUAUAUUGUAUAACAAGUGUACACUUAAAUUCAAAAAUGAUAUGCUUUUUCCUAGAUUGAAUAUUACCAUGUUCAUUAUUGGUCCUUUUGGGUUAUUUGUUUGUCAUCUUUAUGGUUAAGGUGUAUUGGAGUUGUUCAAUGGUUUUAUGUACAUUUUCUUCACAGGAAACACGUUGGCAUUGAUAAUUGUGGUAGAAAUACAAUGUUGGUAUGUUACAGAUGUAGCUCUUGUUUUGGUUAUUGGAUGUACCUUCAGUGUAAUUUGCAUGUGUAUAUAAAUGCUUAUUUUUGA